AUGACUUGCACGAUGUGGCCGUUGGCUGUGCUUGCUGCGCUUGCUGUGCUGAACCGCGGGUCAUGUCUGGCUGUGUUGGCGCAUGAUGGCCCUGCCAGCUGGCGUUGGUGUCAACUUGCGAGCAUUCAUGACACUGAGUGUGCGUGUGACGCAUCCCACACCUUCGUUGUUUUGAACCGGACGCACGAGUGUGUCUUUCGCGUUGUGCCUGCUGGCGCUGGCGGUGCUGCUCUUCACUCACCAGGAUACUCGUCGCCUCCGUCGCCGCCACUGCAGUCUCGCACCAUCAGCGCAAGUGAUGCGGGCUCGCGGUUCCUGGGGGUGGUUCACAAUCACACGCACGGAGGAAGCCCGUUGACGGCUAACGCUGUUCUGAAGCGCCUCUUGCACGUGGUUGAGGAUGUGCGCAGAUCUACCUGGAGCGAUCACCCUGCCACCCUUGCGCAUAUCGUUCACAUCUUGGACGGCGCGCUUGUGGAACAGGAACAGGCGAAUAGCCAUCUCAACACCCUCGCUUCCGUGUUGGAGGCAAUGCCUGUGGAUGGUGUCACUGUGACGGUGGUCACGCGCGCUGAGCAUCGGGCUGAUCCGGAGCAACUGCGAGUCCUGGAUGCACUUGGGGAUCCCUUGGCUUCCGACGAAUACGCAGACCUGACGUUCUUCAACAAGGCCUUUACCCUGAAGAAGCUUCUGCAAGCGCGGCGAUCAGCCCUGGCAAACUCAUUGCAAGCCCACCUUCUCAAUCAAGGUGUGUUGUGUCGCUUCGUGGAGGUUGAGAACCUUCAGAAGCACACGGGGACUAUUCUGGAUUUGUUUGUGUCCGCGUCUUGGGAGCACACCUUUGCGGCGCUGGCAUCUUCUUCCAGACCCUCCAGCUUUCGUGACAUGAUGCCAGCGUCCAUCGGAUCCCCGACCUUCGCUCGCUAUCGUUGGUCCACGAACCUCGCCACUACAGCAGUGCCAGUGAAGGAAUGGGAUGCCACGUCCCCCAUUGCACCUGCAGUUGUACCCGAUGGCGUCCCUGUGGUUCUGCGCCACAGUGUCGUGGGCACCUGGUCCGGAGCGCACGCGUGGCGAAACAACGUGUCCCGCUUCCUGCACGACCUGGCCGAUGCAUGCCCAGUACUACACCAACCCUGUUCUGCUGAUGUCGGUGUUGGACACACAAGAGACACCAGCAGCGCUCGCGAUCGGUACAGCGACGGCGGCAAUUGUGAUGAUGAUGAUAACAUGGGUGAAGGUGGUGGUCGUCAUCGUCAUGCUGAAGAGCACAGAUGCACGGCAGAAUGCGAGAACAAGUAUGCCAACCAGUCGAACAAGCAGCAUCUGUCCCUUGCGUCUGAUCUGGCCUGUGCCAUCGUCUCAGGUGACGACCUGAAGGCCCACACCAUCACCACUUCCAGCGCCGGAGACAGCGAGAGUGAGGAAAGCUCCUGGCAUCCAAGAUCAUCGUCACCAGCGUCACCACCAUCGCCACCCUCACCUCCACCAUCGUCAUCAGCGGUGUUUUUCAACGUGAAGACAUCUGAGCACGGCCGCCACUUUGAUGCGGACAUGCGCGCAGCAAUGACGCGCCUGCCCACCCUGCACAGCGCCGUCGACUUUCGUGUUCGCAACUUGACGCUCGCACAGAUGGAUGCACUGCUGCUGCAGGCGCAGCGCUGCCACACGGGGGAUGGCGGUGGCGGUGAUGAUGGGUGUGAUCAAGACGUGGGUGAUCAGAGCGACGGGUGUGCAAACGCGGAACAAGAAGCAGAGACACCCAAGAACACACUCAAUGACAACAACAACAACAACAACAACUUAAACAACAACAACUUAAACAACAACAACAACAACAACUUAAACAACAACAACAACAACAACAACAACAACAACAAUAACAACUUAAACAACAACAACAACAACAACAACAACAACAACAACAGCGACAAUUGCAACAGUAGCACCAGCGUGAGUAUGGUGUACUUCACGGCGCUGCCGGAAGCGUUUGUGGAUGAGCACCUGCACCCCGUGCGCAGCGUGUUCUUGACGGAGGACGAUGUGCGGUUGCGGCGGCAGUUCGCGUGGGUGUCCACACGCGGCAGUAUCACGCACACGCACUUUGACCAGGACUACAACGUGUUCGUGCAGCUGUCCGGGCGCAAGCGCUUCACGCUGUUUCCGCCGUCGCAGACACGCAAGCUGGCGCCGUAUCCGCGGCUGCACCCGCUGUGGCACAAGAGCAAGGUCGACUUCACGCGCCCAAACCUCGCCCUCUUUCCCGAAUACGCCCACGCGCGUGCAGUGGUGGCGGAGGUUGGGCCCGGGGACGUGCUGUACGUGCCGCCGUACUGGUGGCACCACGUGGAGACGCUGACGGCCACGUCGCUCUCGCUGUCGACCGUCUCGCACGACGACGCAACGCGGCAGGCGAUGGAGGCCGUGUACGGGAUGGACCACAAGUUUGACCGGCUGGCCAGCGCCCGCGGGCGGGUGUUUGCGCUGCGGCUGUACCUGGACCUGAUGGUGCACGAGCUUGUUGGCAACCACGUGAACGAGACGCAGCGGUUCUUCGAGGGGCUCGUGGCGCGGCGGUACAGGGGCAUGGAGGACCACUUUGAGGACGACCCGCACGUGUGCGACGCAGCGCAGCGCGGGCGCAUCCCAACGUCGCAGCACGUGUUUGGGGACUGCACGACAGACAAGGUGCUGGUGACGUCACACUUCUCGGAGCUGCCGCCGGCUGUGCGGGACCUGCUGUUUGAUGAAUACGUGGAGGAGCUGGUGGCGGAGGUAGUGGGGCCGUCGCGCGUGCUGUCCUUCUUCAAGUACUGCUUUGCAGGGCAGGACUAUUACGUGACGUCACUCGGGGACGACGAGCACGAGCUGUGGGAGUACAAGGGAGACGACGACGACGACGACGACGACGACAAUGAUGAUGAUGGCGUUGACAGUGGUGAUGGUGAUGGUGAUGGUGAUGGUGAUGGUGAUGAUGAUGGUGAUGAUGGAGGGGAUGGUGAUGGUAAUGAUGAUGAGUAGGGGGUAGAUCGUUGGGUGAGUGGAUGGCUAUUUGAAUGGAUGCAAGCAGGUGAUUGACUGCUCUGUUCUCUUCUUUUGUUUUCUUGAGUGUGCGUGUGAACCGCAAGCUGGCUUUG